UUGAUAUAAGUUCUGAACCACUGAAUCGAAACAAAAUAUUCAUACGCUUCACGAAGUGUUUCGAAAGCUACCAUCAUAGCUGCCGAAUAUUUACACCGUGUCUACAUCGGACGCGACAGUUAUCAGUCAUGGAUGCGAAAAUACGCCCAUGAAUACAGCAUCAGAAACCUCGUCGCGCCGCCUCCCGUUUAGACAGCAUUACUGAUUACUGUCUUGUUACGUGUAGACAGGUGAUAGUUUCACUUUAGUGUUUCACAGAGACUAGGCUACAUUAAAAAAAAAAGAAAGAAAGAAAGAACAUCUGAUAAAAUGAAGUUUCCCUUUAUUUUGCUGUCUGCCUGUUUGCUUUUUCCGGACCAUGGUGCAUCUGGUGUUGAGACAGAUGGAGUGUUGGUGUUUGUGAUGGAGGGAGAUUCAGUCACUCUACUGACUGGUAUUAAGAAAAACCAAGAAGACAGAAUCAGAUGGUAUUGUAAUGACACUCGCAUCGCUCAAAUCAAUGGAGAUCCCAGUAAGACCUGUACAGAUGUUCAGUGUAAUAAAGGCACUGAGAGAUUCAGAGACAGACUGAAGCUGGAUCACCAGACUGGAUCUCUGACCAUCACACACACCAGAACCACAGACUCUGGAGAAUAUCAACUGAAGAUCUUCAGCAGCAGCAUCAGUGAAAAGACCUUCAGUGUUUCUGUCCAUGGUGUUUCUGCUGCUGAACGAGAAACAAUGAAGAGAAAGUCGGUGAAAGAGGGAGAAUCUGUCACUUUAGAUCCUGGUGUAAUGAAACAACCCAAUCAUGUGAUGACGUGGUAUUUUGAUGACACUCUCAUCAUCGCUGAAAUCACUGGAGAUCUCAACAAGAACUGCACAGAUUUUCAUUGUCCUGAGAGAUUCAGAGACCGACUGCAGCUGGAUCAUCAGACUGGAUCUCUGACCAUCAGGAACAUCAGAAUCACAGACUCUGGAGUUUAUGAACUACAGAUCAACAGCAGCAGCCGCCGUCGUCAUCGUCGCCACAGCAUCAGCAGUGUAAAGAGCUUCGAUGUUACCGUCAUCAAUUCAGGUCUGUCUCCAGGUGCUGCAGCAGGUCUAUCUGUUAUUGUUUUUCUACUAGUGGCUGCAGCUGUAGCUAUUGGUGUGAUUUUCUAUCGCCGCAGGAGCUCCAGAAAUGACAAGUCAAAUGACAACGUCGACCCAGCAGGAUUAGUGGGUAGUCUCUAACACGAUUUCUACUGAAGCAUUAUUCCCAUUGAUCCAUCGUUUCCCAAAAAUAUCUAAUAAAGCACUUUUAAAAUCACCUGUUACUGGAAAUCUACACACCUCUGUUACAAUUGCAGGCUUUUAAGAUGUAAGAAACGAAUCCUAGUAAAAUCAUGUCAGAUCUUUUUCCACCUUUAAUGCGAUAUUAAAACCAACAAAAUUAAUGUAACAAAUAAAUAGAAACUUUUAAGACAAAUACAAAAAUAAAAGACAAAAAUACACCUUUUCAUUUAAUACUGCAGUCAGUCUUUUUGAAAAUGUCUUUUUGACUAUUUUUACUGCUUUUCCUUUGAUUGAUCAUAUUGUGGGCCGGAGAAUCUCCUGUCUAAAGGCCUCUUCAAGACAUUCCUCAAGGUUUUUGAUUGGAUUUAGGCCUGGGCUCAGACUGGAGCUUUGCAAAUUGUUCUUCCUUUUCUGAAGGUCUGUAAUUUGGUUUCAUCAGACAAUAAUACAUUUUAAGGUAUCUCAGGCACCAUUCACACAGAUCGUGUUUCUCCAUUCCAUUGCGGUACUUUCCGAUUGUUUUUUGUGGAAUCACAUGCUAGAUAAACGUGUUUGACUGCAACACUUGUGUCUUUUGCAACACCUUGCUCACAGCAUGACAUUCUAAAAGCAUGGCGCUCAAGUUAAAAGUGUUUUUUUUUUCCUGUUAUUCAUGUUCUUUGGAAUGUCAUUGUUGUACCCUAUUGUCUCCACUAUGGCCUUCACAGGUAUUCCAUGGAACAUCUAAUGUUUUGCAAAUAUUUUGCCAUGGCUUCAUCAAUAAGAUACAACCAAAAAAUAUGGAGAAAAAUGUUCAAAAAUGGCUUUUGUUGUUGUUUGUUUAAUUCAGGGUUAAUCAGCAUCACUUACCAUUAUAACUGAAGGAUUUUAAUUGCUUCUUGGUAAGAGUUUGAAUUUAAUUGGUUAAUUCACCAACAUCCCCUUUUAUAAUAAUAGGGUGUGCACACUUAUGCAGCAAGGAAUUUUUUUCAGGUUUUUCUUCUUCUUUUUCUUUAAAAUUUAUUUUUGUUUGUUGUAUACAAUUUAAUACUGCAUUAGGUGAUCUGACAUGAUCUGCAAUUUUAACAGUCACUGUGGAUAAUAUUACACUGUAAAAAAAAAAAAAAAAGUUGAGCCAACUUAUUUUUGUGGGAGAUUCUGAAAUUUUUGUUGUAUAAACAAGUUGAGAAAACCCAAAAAUCUGCUGAAGCUGGUUGCCUUAAAAUUUAAGUUGGCUCAACAUUUCUUUUUUUAUAGGGCAAGGCAUUCUGACUUCUUAUUAAUAACCAAGUUGUGUAACACUUUAUUUUAAGGCGUCCUUGUUACAUAAUAUUAAAUGCACUUACUAUUAUAAUAACAAAUUAUGCAUAAUUACAUGCAAUAUUUAUUUAUUUAUUUUUUGAAAAUUGUUCUGUCACUUUUGAACUCUUGUCUUUUAAUGAACUAGUAUUUGUAUUGUAUCAUGAGGUGCACAGUGUUUACACUGAUUUUGUGGUUUUACAAUAAACUGGGUGAAUUCUGUAAA